UAUGCUUUUUAUUAUGGUUUAUCUUUGUGUAAUGUUUCUGUAAAUUCUCAAAUUAACGAUAACACGAUUUUGAUCUCUUUUUUUUUCUGUCUUCUGGACAUGCAGCCAAACUCCGUGAGAAUGAAUUUGGUAUAUCUGGUCAAGGUUCCCCGUUUAGAGGAAGAUCACCAGUUCGCUCCAUGCUCGGCAAGCCGUCGCCAUGGCGGAUCUCCUCUCCAUCACCCGGAAGGAGUCGGAGUGUUAGUCCAGAGUACCGAACGACGUGCCUCUAUAGACCAUCUCGUAGUCCUAGCCCCAAAAUCAUUCCAACCCACAGUGAAUUUUACGGUAGGGUACCGAUAGAGCAUCGAUCCCGUAGCCCGAGCCCAGCUUCUGCGCACAGCCUACCAUUGCAGCGUGUGUCGCGAGGGAGGAAGUUGCCACCCACCCCCAACAAGCCCUCCACUUUGCGUCUUGACGUUCGAUCCAUAGAACGAAUAAACUUUCCUAUUGUGUCUCGUUCGCCUACACUGCCCAUGCCCGUUAACAAAUCCCAAUUCAACAUUAACUUUCCCAAAGUGAACGCCUCGCCCACUCGUCUGCCAAAUUCCCAACUGCCGUUCUGGCAACAAAGAACUACUCCGGGUUCUGGCCUUCACAGCCUGUCUCUAAGGCCAGGCGGAAGGGCGGCUAGUAGUGUCAGUUUGCCACGUGGUCAGAAGCAGACUCGCAAUAUUGGCCAUCACCAUACAAUGUCAUAUAUGGACAGACAGUUUGUCUCUCGGGGUCAUAAUAAUGAACCGCUAAGUUUCGAAGCUGCCGCUUCGAUCGGAAGAGGUUCUAGACAGCUUCCGUUGCCAAUGCCUAACGGCUACAAGCCAGGCCAAAGACAGCGAGAAAGAAGAGGAAAAGUUGCAACCUUGAUUGGUUUGCGGACAAGCCAUAUGGGGCCACAAAGUGACUCCGAAGAUGAUUGGUGCUAGUUAACCAAUCACAGGUUGCAGCCAGGCCGUAUUGGACCACAAAAUGACAUCGAUGAUGAUUGGUGCUAGUUAACCAAUCACAUGUUGCAGACAGGCUGUAUGAGACCACAAAGUGACUCGGAUUAUGACUGGUGUUAGCUAGCCAAUCACAGGUUUGCAGACAGGCCGUAUUGGACCACAAAGUCACUCUGAUUAUGAUUGAUGCUAGCUAGCCAAUCACAGGUUUGCAUACACAUCGUGGGACCACAAAGUGACACCGAUGAUGAUUGGUGCUAGUUAGCCAAUCA